AUGGCCGACAUCCCUCUCAUAACACCGAAUUCGACUCGGAAGCACCAUGCAGCCCGCCGAGUUCGGUUUACCAGCGAUUCAGUUGAAGAUGCCGACGGUGCAUGCACGUCUCUGCCUCUUGAAGCGCAGGUUAAUGCCAUUGCGACAAUCAGGACAUCCACCUCUACUUUACGGAGACAACCUGGAGUUUCGGUACAACUGCCCUCUGGACGAUCACCGCCCAAAUAUGACGAACUGUAUCCUCCAUCGCCAGCUUCCGCUUCUCGAAGUCUGGUGAAGGCGCGUCCGUCACCGCCACCAGGGAUGGACCCGCUUGUGGCGGCCAUGUGGCACAACGAGAACCUGAGCCUACUACACUCCUUACCGAAACCCUUGCUCAUCAAAAUCAUCAGCAGCCUGAGCAACAGCGGUGUUGAUUGCCUCAGGCGAGUUGCACGUCGCUUUCCUCCGCUGUGUGUACGGGAGGUCCUGAGUCCCCUGCGAGGGAAUAACCCAGAGCUGUCUAAGACGGGACCUUUGAACUGGCCAACAUUCGGAGUCAGCUCGUCCCUCCGGCCAGACUUCCUAUAUCUCAUCGACCGAGACGAAUACUGCAGUGGCUGUCAAGCGGCCCGAAGAUCGCCCCGGUGGGAGCAGACAAUCAGUAAGCUGACCGAGUACAUCCACUGCUCUGCAUGUGGUGCGGACCACCCGGCAUGCCUCUUCUCGGCCACACAACGCCUCAAACCGGCCCGGAUUCGGUACUGCAUUGGCCAUGAAGGCUUCAUGCGAGUCUGUGAGCACGACGAGGGCACCGUCAGCCUGUCUCGCCUGUCUGGCCUGGAAUCAGAGGACAUAAAGUACCGCAGGUACCCAUGGCAGCGAAAAGAUCCGUUCUGGGAAACUGUCAUUUGCAGGGACAGGAGCCACUAUAUGCGGUGUGAAAUGAAAGAAGGAGGAUCUUUUCCGGAGUCGGGAUACACCUGCGGGUCUCGCCAGCACCUCUGCUGUGGGUACCGCUGGCCCACGAUCUGUGGGCUUGGAAAGAACCCCCGCCUAUACGACCUAAGCUGGAAAGCUCAUAUAUCAUUCGAUGGUCAGAUGAGUACAUUGCGCCCAAAGUUGGCAGAAUUACACGACAUUACUGGAAAAUACAUCAUUCCGUGCUUGUAUCCGACCACCCAACCACCGACGCUGCGUUGUUUUGACCCUAAUGACUGCCACUGCACCCCAUAUGCGGGCAGCGAGAACGUGCGCUGGGAAUGGGAAUGUGGCCCUUGGCUGCCAGGAAUAACAGAAUGCAUGGAAGGUCCAUACAAAGGGCUGGAUACGUUGCGGCCGCCAAAAGCAUCCGGCUCGAUCGUAUCCAACAUCAUCAGCCGGCUGAAGAAGCAGCCGCCGAGAGAAUGUGCAGCCGACCAGAAACGUCACAUGUCCCGCCAGGAGGUGGUACCAUUCAAAUGGGGCGUGGCGAUGAGUUGUGCGGAUGUAAGGCCCUGUCACACUGGCAAGGAUUGCCUCAAGAUUGAUUAUAUAAGGGUACUCCAUCCUCUCGAGAAUGGUAAUAUUACCCCAGAGUGGUAUAAUACACUCGACCCGGAAUCAUACAACAUCACGGAAGACGAAGAUGGGCUGGGGGUGUUCUGGUGCCCGACGGACGGCUGUCGUAAUUUCUAUAAGGAGGUUCUGAGUUAUUCGAGGAUACUUCGCCACCGGGAUUUCCGUAAAGAGUGCCGGCAUCGCAGGUGUGAGUAG